CUAAAAAAUGGGUCCUUUUUAUUUUUGAUGAAGGUUUUAUGCCAAAGUGUUGUUAUGUAGUGCCCAGAAUUAAACGCAAUCCACUUCAAUCCAAAAAAUCCCCUCCUCUCCUCUCAAGAAAAUAAAACCAAACAAAGAAGAAGAAACCUUCUCAUCUUCCCACAAAGAUUCUCUCUUUCUGUAAAAGAAAGUAGAAGAAAGCUUAAACCUUUGCUGUGUGUUUCUUUUGUUAACCAUGGCUGCUAACUCGACAAGGGUUAGUUUCUUCUUGGUUCUUGUAAUGACGGUGGCGACUUCUUCUUCAGUUGUCUCCGGUGGAAAUGGGUUUUCUGAUCUUAAAAUCAGUACACACCUGAAACGACUCAACAGACCAGCUCUCAAAUCGAUUCAGAGUCCAGAUGGAGAUAUAAUCGACUGUGUCCCAAUCACUGACCAACCAGCUUUUUCUCAUCCUCUGCUUACUAAUCACACUCUCCAGAUGUGGCCAAGUUUCAACCCAGCUAGUGUAUUUAGUGAGAGUAAAGUUUCAUCUAAAACCAAGAAUCAGCACUCUCGCCCUAUACAUCAGCUUUGGCAUGUGAAUGGUAAAUGUCCAGAGAACACUGUUCCCAUCAGAAGAACAACGGAACAAGAUCUUUACAGAGCAAGUGCCGUCGAGAAUUACGGUAUGAAGAAUCAGAAAAGUAUCCCUAAACCUAAAAAAUCUCUUGAGCCACCUAAUGUCCUCACACAAAAUGGUCAUCAGCACGCGAUAAUGUAUGUGGAAGACGGGGUGUUCUAUGGGGCUAAAGCAAAGAUAAAUGUGUGGGAACCGGAUGUGGAAAUGCCUAAUGAGUUUAGCUUGGCUCAGAUUUGGGUUUUGGGUGGAAACUUUAACUCUGAUCUCAAUAGCAUUGAAGCUGGCUGGCAGGUCAGCCCACAAUUGUAUGGUGAUACUCGCACCAGACUCUUCACUUAUUGGACUAGUGAUGCAUACCAAGGCACAGGCUGCUAUAAUCUUCUUUGCUCAGGGUUUGUUCAAAUCAACAGAGAAAUAGCAAUGGGUGGAUCAAUAUCUCCUUUGUCAAACUUUGGAAACUCUCAGUAUGACAUUACCAUACUUAUCUGGAAGGACCCAAAAGAAGGACAUUGGUGGUUACAAUUUGGAGAGAAGUACAUAAUCGGAUACUGGCCAGCUUCACUCUUCUCUUACUUAUCAGAAAGUGCAUCGAUGAUCGAAUGGGGAGGUGAAGUGGUUAACUCACAGUCCGAGGAUGGACAACACACGACUACUCAGAUGGGAAGUGGACGGUUUGCAGAGGAAGGUUGGGGCAAAGCGAGUUACUUCAAGAACGUUCAAGUAGUCGAUGGAUCAAAUGAGUUGAGAAACCCUGAAAAUCUUCAAGUCUUUACAGAUCAAGAGAACUGUUACAAUGUGAAAAACGGCAAUGGAGGUUCUUGGGGAAGUUACUUCUACUAUGGUGGUCCGGGCCGAAACCCUAAUUGCCCUUAAAGAUGUGAUCUACUUGCUCACAUUGCAGAUCAUUCUAAAAUCAAUUGUAUAAAACAUAUAUAUAAAUAUAUAUAUAUAUAUAUACACAUUCUUAAGUAUAUUAUUUAUUUCAGGGUUUGAAGAGUGGUUUAUGGUAAUAGUAUUAAAUUUCGACAGAGUUUGGUUUGUUUGAGAGUGUUUUCCUCUGUUUCCAUGGAGUGAAGAGAAGAUAAAAUUUCAUUUAAAGAACAUGGUCCCAUGUGUAUGUACGUAUACUGAAAUGAAAUGAUCACAUUUAAUUAAU